AUGUGGCUGUUUCUGCCGCUGCUGCUGUGCUGGGGCCGCGCUGGCGGCGGCAGCCCGGGGGAGCCCUGCUGGGAAGCUCUGCUCCGCUGCCAGGACGAGCCGGACUGCGGCUCCGCCUACAGCCAGUCGCAGGCGGCCUGCGAGCCGCUGCUGAGCGGGGCCGGAGGCGGGGAGCCCCCCGGCGGCUGCCCCAGCCACUGCAUCGGGGCGCUGGUUGCGGCUGAACCGCAGCCGGAGCGCCCGGCCCUGGAGCGCUGCGAUGGCGGGCAGGAUGCGCGCUGCCGCCGCGGCCUGGGCUGCACGGCCGCCCGCUUCCGCUGCCAGCAGGAGCCCGCCUGCCGGGAGCCGCUGGACGCCUACUUGGCCCGCUGCGGGCAGCUUUCAACGGCGGGCGCUGCUCGCCGCCUGCCGGGCCGCCAUGGGGCAGCUGCUGGCGCGCCGGGGGGCCCCGCGCUGGAGCGCUGCGUGUGCGACGGGCCCGAGCGCCCCUUCUGCCAGGUGCUCAAGGCCAACAUGGGCCGCCUGUGCUCCGCGCCGCCCGCCGAGCCGGGCCCGGACGAGGACUACCGGGACGAGGAGCGGCUCCUGCGGGAAGAGGACGAGGGGCCGGGCACGGGCGGCGCAUGGGUGCGCUCCGGGGGCCGCUCCCGGGGCGCGCCGGCCUGGCGCUCCCUGGCACUGGGGGCCCUGCCGCUGGGGCUCCGGCUCCUCCCCUGGCCCUAG